AGCAGAGACCCGGGCGCUGGGCGGGCUCAGACACUAAUAAUACAUCCCUACCCAAUGGAAAGCGUUUCCUAUCGAGACCCCCAAGAGUUCCCCCUGCCCACAGACCCUGCCCAGACAUUGGGCCCAUUCUUGUGGCCCCGUUUCCCAAGACACGAUGGCCGCGGCGUUCAGCAGUUUUGUUUCCUCUCCGAACAAAGGAAAGCAGACAAACUGCCACCGGCGUUAGGUUUUAAAGAUGAAUGGGUAAAACUUUGAGAAAGUCGAGCACGCAGAUCUUCCGCCUGGGAGUAACCGGGUUUGCGUUUCCACGCACACAAAAAAGGAUAAAUGUGGGCUGUCAGGGAGGAAUCGGGCUGAAAUCUUGCCGAGCCGUGGGCAUGAUCUCAGCCCCAACCGCUCUGCCACGAGAAGACAAUUGUGUGUUUUUAUAUUGCUCCCCCAAACGAACAGAACAGUAAAACCCAGAGGAUGGGAAGUGCAAAGUUCACAGGAUGAAAGGAUUUGUGAUGGAGAUGUGGUAGCAAGGUGUUAAGCAACCUUCCUGGAAUGUGUUUCUUCAGGAAGAAGAGAGAGCACUGCCUUUUUUUAUGGAUGUCACUGAAGUAGACUUUGAAGUUCUUUGGAAGCACAUCCCAAACUUGGCAUGGGAAACCACAGCAACAAUCAUACCUGUUUGACAGAUGAUUCCUUUAAGUACAAUUUGUAUGGAGCCGUCUACAGCGUGGUCUUCAUCCUUGGUUUGAUUACUAACUGUGCCUCCCUCUUUGUUUUCUGCUUUCGGAUGAAAAUGCGAAGCGAAACAGCCAUUUUCAUGACAAACCUGGCUGUUUCAGAUUUACUGUUUGUGUUCACUUUGCCUUUUAAAAUUUUUUAUAACUUCAACAGGCAUUGGCCUUUCGGAGAUAGCCUGUGCAAGAUUUCUGGUACAGCAUUUCUCACUAACAUCUACGGGAGCAUGCUGUUCCUCACCUGCAUUAGCGUUGACCGUUUCCUUGCUAUCGUCUAUCCAUUCCGAUCUCGCACCAUUAGGACCAGGAGAAAUUCUGCCAUAGUCUGUGCUGGUGUUUGGACACUGGUCCUCAGCGGCGGGAUUUCAGCUUCGUUGUUCUCCACAACCAACAUUUCCAACACCAGCACAACCUGUUUUGAAGGUUUUUCCAAACGUAUCUGGAAAACCUAUCUGUCUAAGAUCACUAUAUUUAUUGAAGUGGUAGGAUUCAUAAUUCCUUUGCUGCUCAACCUUACAUGCUCUUCUCUAGUUCUCAGGACUCUCCGGAAACCUGCCACCUUGUCUCAGAUUGGGACAAACAAAGAGAAAGUAUUGAAAAUGAUCAUUGUGCACGUGGCCAUUUUUGUCGUGUGCUUUGUGCCUUACAAUUCCAUACUCUUCUUGUAUGCUCUGGUGCGGUCCCAAGCGAUAGCAAAUUGCUCCUUGGAGAGGUUUGCGAGGACAAUGUACCCAAUCACAUUGUGCAUUGCAACAAUGAACUGCUGCUUUGACCCAUUCAUCUAUUAUUUUACAUCAGAAUCUUUCCAGAAGUCUUUCAACAUAAAAACCCAGAUAAAAAUGGAUUCUCUUUUCAAGACUGAGACACCUCUAACAAAGACUGCACUACCAGCACCACAGGAUGAAAUAAGUGACCAGGCUAUUACGAAUGGAGGAGACCCAACAUCUGAAUCGCAUUUCUAGCGAGAUGUUUACACAUGGAGUUAUCCCCCAUUAACUUUUGAUUAACACCAUGUGUGAAAUAGUUGUUUCAGAAUAUGUGGGUUGACACAUGGUGUUAAUGAAGAAAACUUGCUGGAGGAUAACUAGACAGGUAAACAAAAUCUGGAUACUAGGAUGGUCCCAUCAGAUGCAACAGGCAAACAUGAAAUACAAAAAUCCAGAUGGAUCUCCCUUUGGAGAUUAUGGAUGGGUGACAACAUAUGUGCUAAGGAGGGAACAGGACAGCUUCCUUAAUCAGAAGAUGCCAACAUUUGGCAUUUUUUCUCCCCAGCAGCUGACAUAGGACCAGUUGGGAAAUAGAAAAUUUAAUUUUCUUAGAGAUACCUGCCAAUAUUUCAUGCCUUCUGGAGAUGCAUCAUCAUAUGUUAACUCAAUAACUUCACACAAUAUGUAUGUUUGCUUAAAAAGGCAUAAUAAAAGCUUUUGGCUUUUCCUUAUUUCACUGCAAGAGCAUACAUCCUGGUUUUACUAGAUACAAGCAUGUUGAAUUCAUUGUAUGAAUAGGUUGGAAGUGUAAAUAAUUGUUUUGAAAGAAGGCAAAACAGUUGCUUGGUGAUAGAAGAGAAAAUAAGAGACAAGAAUAAUUAAUAAUGCAGUUUUGAAAUAAGAAGCUUCAUUUUUGUCAGAUUAAGCUGUCUUUUAAUUUAUUUUAAAUGCCACCUCUAGGGAGAAGUAAAGAGCACAUUACUGCUCUGUUGCACCUGAGGUUUUAUGCCCCAGAGGUUAUUUAUACAUGGCUGUUUCUGGUAAGGGCUAGACUAUAAAGUCCACUGAAAGAAAGUGCCUGAAACCCCAGAGUUCUUGCAAGGCCGAAUCUCUUAUAUGAAAAUUGUGUGGAGCUGAAGGGGUGGAGAACAACAGAGUGCUGACCUUUCUAAAGAGCUUGUUCAGAUACAGACAGUUGGGUGUCAGAGUAUUAACAAAAGAUCUUCUAAAUGAUUGCUGGCUGGUUUUUGCUACGCAGUCAACUAAUUAGAGGAUCUUAAAGGAGCUCCAAAAGAAUAGUGAGUAAAACCAGUUAGCUGCACUUUUUUCUUAGUUACAGCAGUGUUUUCUUGUUUUUCACUUAAUUUAUUACAGAUCCCGCAUUCCCUGUUAUAGAUAUGGUUUAUAUAGAUCUAUGGAAAGUUAACUAUCUGUAUGGCAUUGCAUUUUACUCCAGCCAUCCUUUCGUAUUUGAAGCUAUACUGACCUUAACAGGCUAAUUCAUUCUUAACUGUUAGACACAUAAAUGAGAAAAACAAUGUAACUUGAAAAAGUAUGAAGUUAUGAGUUUUUAGAUCAGUAAUCUACAUUUUCCACAGUACAGCAUAAAGCUAUUUCUGGGCCUACAUUGCCAAAAAAAAAGAAACAGACAAAAUAUUAAUUGAACAGAUAUUUUCCACUCAACUAUUUAUCUUGUGUCACUCAGAUCGAGCCCCAUGAGAUACUGAGAGCUACACAUCAAAUGUGAUCACUACUUAAAGCUAUCUGAGGUUUGUAAAGUUUGAAAAUAAUUCAGCUGCAAAAAAAAAAAAUAUAUGUUAUGCUUUGAAGGGAAUAUUUAUUUAGCACUACAUUCACUUUGAACAAAAGAGUCAGUUGCUUACCAAGGCUAAGACAGACCCCACAGAUCAUUCUAUUUUAACCCGAAAAUGACUGUUGCUUGUUUAGUGUCCCCGGUUUUGGCUUUUACAGCAGGAAAGUAUGUGAUCAACUCAUUACACACAGGGAGUAUGAGAGCAGCCAAACUAUUACACCUCAGAUUUAAGUCACAGAUACAUUUACUAGAAACUUGCACACAAGACUGGCUUGGGAGGUUUUUGCUUUCUGUUAAACCCUGGGACAACAGCACUUUAGAGCAGAAACAGAACAUGAAAACGAGGACAGAUCACUCAGAGCAGUUGGUGGAAUGAGACACAUGUGGUAGGACAAGGGCACAGUCAAUUACAGUGAAUUUGUCAGCAGCUGGGAAAGGUUUACCUUAAACAGAAGCAAUGAGCUGUGUUUUAAGAAACAUCAGCAUUUGCCAGUUAACCAUAGGCAAAGUGAGAGCCAGUGCCAUGCCCCUUUCCUUCCCGUGCAGGCCUGAACCAAACUGUUUAGAGGGCUUUUUAAAAUUGGUAUUUCCUUUGGCUGAUGAGCCUGUUUCAACACUUGCUAUAAAAUGUAUAUAUUUCAGAGAAGUUGUUUCCAUAACUUCAGAUCAAAAUGCAAAGGGAGCCAAAAGGGAUUUUACAGGCUUCGAUACAGGCAGGGUUUUCCACAUGCAGCAAACGGCCCCUCACACCGCAGCGCUGUCAGUGGAAGAAGAGGAGGUUGUGAAAAAACCAUCAACAACUCUAACAUGCCCUAAGCUGUGUGAGAGAGGUGAGACAUCCCAGUUCCACUGCCAUUAACUGGUUCUUAAAAAUUGUACCUAAUGAGACAAGAGCUCCGCUUUCAGGGAUGGGAGAGAGAAGGAAUAAGAGUAGGAAAGAUACACUAAAAAGCUGAGGGUGCAUUUCAAACCCUCUUCCUCUUUACAAGAAAAAUAUAUGGUAAAUGAGUAAGUGCUCUUCUCCAAGGCAAAACCCCUUAUUAAUUCAGUUUUACUUACUUGAGAAACUUAUUUACAUGCCAGCUUGCCCUCAAUGGGCAACCUUUUAACUCUCAGCUUGUAAAUCUUACUUAAAGCUGCUUCUUUCCACUUGCCAGCAAGAAGCAGAAGGAUAAGAAUCCUGAGUUACGUGGGGUUUGGAAGCUUCUUGGGAUAGGGCUGUUCUUACACAUGGUGGCUGCUCAGCCACCCCAGGGUGAGCAAGAACAGAAUUUGGUCCAGCAUCUCAGAGCUGACAGCAGAGGAAUAUCUCAUUUGUAAGAAUCCUGGAAGACCUUCUGCUCUCUGCUCCGCAGACCUUCCUCUAGUUAAAUCAAAGGGAAGAAAAAAAAAAACCUACCCUAGAAACCACUGUCUAGCCUUCUUAAGGAAAUGUUAAAAGAGAGAAGGGAAAGAACUGCGUGUGACUGGACAACCUCCAGGCUGUACAUACAUAGCUUAACUGUAAUCCGAGCAUAAUGGGUGUCUUUUUCUAAGCGAAACUAGUGCCAAUGCUUACAAAUUUCUGUUUGCAGUUUUAUAGGGCAAGAGCUGUGGUCGAUAUUCUCACAUAAAAUGUAAUACUAUCAUCAUGUGCCAAAACCCUAACUGAAAAGAUUCAUUAUUUUGUAAUUUAAUACCUUAUAAAUUACAUGGAGAUCAUAUGUUGACUGACACUCACAUCUGGUAGGAUAGUUCUUGACUAAUCUUUUUUUUCUAGGUCAGGUAUACCAAGUAAAUGCUGCAUGGUUUGUGUAUAAAUAACCAAUUAUGCAUUCAGGGAGAGGAAAAGUAAUUUUUAAGAUGUUCGUAAAGCCAAGCUGGAAGGAACGAUGUUGGUAAAAGAAAAGUAGAUUCACAGUGACUCUGGCUGAGGUGCAGCUGAGUGUUUCUUCUCCCUAUCUGACAAAGGGCUAUUGUCAGCAAACAGCACACACCAGAAUUAGGAGUUUAAAAACAAAAAUCAAAUUAAUUAGAAGUCAAUGCCUUUAGCUAGCUGAAGCUGAGAGACAGGGCCCAGCAAUCCUCUAAGAUGCUGAACAUGUAGCAUUAAUCAAGGAUUUCAUUGCUCCCAGCCAGCUCACUUUUCAUAUUCCCCGGUUCUCCGUAUGGGAUUCAUUCACUAUAAAUAAGCUCACCACACGCUUUGCAACUCAUUGCCCUGCUGGGAAGAUGAAGCUCUGGAAAGCAAUAUGAAAACCUCUCUGCCCAAACCCACCUUUGUAUUAUGCACACCCAUGCAAGACACCACACCAGGCUGAGUGUUCACGGUAGAUGUUAUGACAGGAGGAAGCAGGGCCUUGUAUUACAGUCAUCAUGAAAGCCCCUCCUCUUACACUAGGCUUUUCUUAGUAACUCAACAGGCUCUACAUCAGGUGAAAGGUGCCAAGUGUUCCUGGAACAGCAUAAAACUUCUCCAGCUUUGCAGAAUCAGUGCAAACCACUCAGGCUUAAGUCUAUGAAAUGAAAGGGCAAGGAGGUAGCACAAGUCACACAUAAGAGUUGUGUAAGAAGGAGGAAAAGUUCCUGUGCUGCAUGUGCAAGUAUACAGCUGCUCAUCAGACAGCAAGGCUCUGUUCCUCCUCAGGUUGCUUAUCAUGGACCUGCUGCAUGGAUUCAGCCUCUAGGUCCUUCCAAAAGUACCCCCGUGACAGUUGUAGGAAGCUCUCCCUGUGGUGCUGCAGGGGUGAUGGGGUGAGACUGUGCUCUCCCUUCUUGCCCUCUACCCAGCAAAAAAAUGCUCCGUAACCCAGAGAAGUCUUCCCUCUGACAAACAGCUGGUGAAGGAAAAGGGGACCAAUCACUUUGAUAAGAUUAUACAACACCCCGAUGAUCUUGAAGGCCAGUGUCCCUAAAGAGCUCUCUGUUAACACUCCACAUCAUUCCCAGUGCAUGGAUUUGCUGUAAAACAGGCAGGAAAUUACCAUCUCAGAAAUGCUGUGUCAGAAUACGAACAGCAACACACAACUGUCCCUGUGAAAGCACGUCUAUGCAGUGUUCUAUUUGGAGAAAGCAAAAAUGGGAGGUGUGAGGGAACCGAGGGGGAACAGCCAAGGCUGUUUCCACAGCACACCAUGGAGCACAGCAUGGAGACACUUAAAUGAUCAUCAGCCCAGGCUGCAAAGUCCAAGCAGAGCAGGCAGAAGGAUACAGCACCACGAGGCUCUGCUCAGCAGCUGGUGACACAAAGGUGACCAUCCUGCAGAGAGGGUCAGGAGAGCCACUCCGUGCCUCUCCACCAGUGUGGGACACUGAAAGGCUGGAUGGGUCUGGCUGCACUUGCCGAACAAACAUAACCCCAAGCACAGGAUAACCCAAAAGCUUUGCUGCAUCUGAAAGGACAGACUGCAAAUAGUUCUUUGGGUAGGAUUUAAGAACAGAAACAAAACAGUCCUCAUUUCAGUAAGCAGAUUAUGUUGCUCAGCAUUAAUUUAAGAAAGAGGCAGAGCUAUUCUUUAUAAGAUUAGAAGUCCAAGCCCUGUUCUCCCCUCUAAUGCCGGAAAAGCUCUAAUUUUAGCUUCUGGGUGCUGACCUCAAGCUUACCCCAAGAGUUCUGUCUGGGUUUGAGCUGUGCAUUCGCUCCCUGGCACACUCCUAAGGACCAUAACUCAUCAUAACUUCAUUCCCAAGUUGCUGUGCUACAGAGACAUCAUGUUUAGAAAACUCAGUUUGUGGGAUAUUCAAGAUGAUGCACUUAAAGACCCUAGAUAGUGAGGAAGAUCUACUCAAAACACCGUUUUUUACUCCCCACAGCAGUGGUCACAGACCCUUUUCUCUUGGUACCAAUUCCAGCUCCUGAAUUCUUCUGUUUUGUGUUUGUCCUAUCAAUAUCUAGGUAUAUUCUGAAAGGUUUCUUCUACCCCUUGCCAUGCUUUUUGCUGUAAAAGUGCAACGUUGUGAGCUUGCACCAACAGAAGUGUGUAAGUUUGCCAGGCAGAGCUGUAGAUAAGGGUCAAUGUGGCCACGUGUGAAGGGCUGUGCCUGCCAGGUUCCUCCUGGGGAAAAGGGCUGGUUGAGUUUUGGACCCUGCUGGGGUGGGAGAAAGGGAGAAAAUGGUCAGUCUUAAACUUCUCAUUUAACACAAUGAUUUUAACCUCUAUAAAAUGAGCAAAUUUCACUGCAAAGAAUAGCAUAGCACUAAUCUUGUGUUUUCGGUUGUUUUUUUUUUUCACUCAUGGAAACUGUCACUUCAAAAUAAUGUUUUACCCUGCUGGCUGUUCUCAGUUUUAAUUCUUAAAUUUAACUUCCAUGUAAAAACAACAGGACAGUCACAUACCUAAAGCACUGGGACAAGCAAAGAGUGAGGUGGUUUCUCUUUAGGAUCACUGUGCAUAUGUUUUCCCAGAAUACUUAACUGCCCAGUACCCAAGAAAAGCCUGCACUAGCUUUUCUCUGCCUGGGGGGACUCUGACCAAUGUAAAUAUUGUAUAGAACUUAACAAGGCACAUGUUUUGCACUGUUAGCUCUUUUAUGUAUCUGUGUGUGUGCAUAAUGCAAAAGGAAAGUUUUUUCCGGAAAAACA